AUGUGCAAUCUAAAGCUGCCAGUUGUCCUUAUUGUGCUCUCUGUUGCUUUAAGCUAUCUGGAGGCUACACCUAUUGAUAGUCAUCAUCUGGAGAAAAGGAAAUGUAACACGGCUACAUGUGUGACACAGCGCCUGGCUGACUUUCUAGUUCGAUCCAACAACAAUAUUGGAGCAAUUUUCUCUCCUACCAAUGUGGGAUCCAAUACAUAUGGCAAGAGGGAUACAAUUGGGAAGUUAAGCAGAGAAUCUCUGAAUUAUCUCCAACAUUAGGUUAUUAUAUUGCUGUUGUAAUUCUGAUGAACUUUUCCUAUUUCAUGUAUCAUUGUUCUUAGGAAUUUCAUA